CAAGCCUCUGAUCACAAUGCUGUCCCUGAUCUAGGCUCCAGACAGGGAUGCGUGGUGCCUUUGGGAAGCCCCAGGGCACAGUGGCCAGGGUUCACAUUGGCCAGGUCAUCAUGUCCAUCCGAACCAAGUUGCAGAAUAAGGAACAUGUGAUUGAGGCUCUGCGAAGAGCCAAGUUCAAGUUCCCUGGCCGCCAGAAGAUCCACAUCUCAAAGAAGUGGGGCUUCACCAAGUUUAAUGCAGAUGAAUUUGAAGACAUGGUUGCUGAGAAGUGGCUCAUUCCUGAUGGCUGUGGUGUCAAAUAUAUCCCCAACCGUGGUCCUCUGGACAAGUGGAGAGCCCUGCAUUCCUGAAGGCUUCAAUAGUUCUCUCCUAUACCCUACCAAAUCGUGUUCAGUAAUAAAUCUCUCAUCAAGUU